UUUAUCUCGCGAAAUCGCGGGAGCGAUAGUUUUAUCGCUUCGCGCGAGGUAUAUCUCUAGGCAGGCGCAGAAAGAAUACCCUAUUCUAAGUUUAAUUGCACGAGAUUAUUUAGCUAUACAAGCUACCAGUGUAGCCAAAUUCCAAAUAGAGGUUGGAACCGGUUUUAUUCCAAAAUCCGAUUAA